AUCUCGACUGCAAUAAUUCCUUCCACGAUGUCAAGGAAGAAAACAACUGCAAAAAAGCCCGGAAUCAUUCAACAACGAAACUUCCAACAGCAAUUGAAAACUGUUAAAAGUUUAGUCGAGGACAUCGCCGAUUCAGAACAUCCUGAGGAUCACGAGAUUAAAUUGAAAAUCAAGGAGAAAACUGAUCAAGGCUCUCCAUCCUUUACUCAAAACUUCACACGAAACCGGGGACGAGAAAAUACGUCAAAAACUCAGUCAGACACUUCUUCUUCUGACGCAUUCUUCGAUAAUAAUGGUUUUUUUAACGGAUUUGACAGCGACUCGGAGAGCGAAGACAGUGGGGAAGAUUGCGUUGAACAACAAACCGAGACUCGUGAAUUAACGGAAGUCGAGAGACUCGAAGAGGUUCAGACAGACUUGGAGGAAAAAAUAAAACAAACUAAGGAACUGCUCCAGAAAACAGACCGAACGAGAAAUCAAAGAAUGCAUGGCCAACAGAAGUUGAGGCGACUUGAGCUAAAAGUUGAAAAGUUGGAGCAGCGUCUGGAAAAGGAGAGAGCAGGAAAAACUCGAUGGACUUUUGUGCGCAAGAACUUAAGAAAGCCUAGGGUUGGAUUUCACAGCAGCGAUUUGUUAAAUCGUAAGGUUCCACUGGCCGAACUGUUAGUAGCUUCAUCAGAAAGCCGACCGCAUCUGGCCGAUGUUGUUCUCCAAGAGAUGCAUCGCGAUGCUGCUGGUCAAAAUCAAGUCGACGAUGACCCCUCACCAAAGCCGAAAAAGCUUUUCAAAUCGAAAGAACUCCAUGAAUUUGAGAAAAGUCUUCAAGAAGACGACUCCCAACAGCACAAGAAAUUGACAGAAUGUACAACCGAUGACGUGUCGCCGGUUGAGGCAGCCAAACAGGGACUGAAACAAGACGAGAAUGAAGAAGAAUCUUUGGAAAGCUUCAACAUAGAGCAACUAAAAGAUCGAAAAGAGAUGGAUAAGGGAUGGCUUCGAAUCAGUGACAGGCCUGACGGUUUCAUAAAGAAGAUUCAAGAUGUGUCAGAGACAAAGCAGUCCAAGCAGGCUUGGGUUAACAUCAAUGACCAAGGAAGUCAAAUGUUUGCGAGGAAAGUGUUCCGGGCUCAGGUCAAUGGUGACUCGUUCCUCGCGCGUUCACUGGACGGGAGAAGAAACACGCUUAGCAAUCGCGGAAAAACAUUGAACGUUGAUAAAAGAAUGUCUGUUUGUGGUUCCGGAGAGACUCAUAUCAACAGUAAAGACAAAAACACAGUCAAACGUGCCGGACGAUCAUCAUCUGCGCAGUCCCAGCGAAAAGCGAUGGUGGUGAAAAUGGACACCGUUACUGGGACGAAUACUUUUCUGCCCCCGAUUCCAAAGUCUGAAGCGAAGAAACGCCCAAAAGACGAACAAGUGGAAAAAGUAAAAGAUGAAAACGACAGUGAGCAACAGAAAGAAAAGAUAAUACUGAUUCCUAAUCGAAGGCGACUGGCCAGAAGAAGAAUCCAGAUUUACCUAAAACAGCUGGAAUUUGUCAAGUCACACAAACUAGACGAAAAGGAGGUUGUAGAGAAUAUAGCAUCCUCAGUCGAGGACUGCCACGGCGGCAAAUCAAAAGAAGGAAAGAAGGAACAUGACGCAAAAACAACUCCACGGAAAACUUUGUAUUUAAUUGGAGCAUUGUCAAAAAAUCACCUUUACCCUCCCACAGCGCUGCCGAAUGAUCGAUAAUAAUGUUAGAUUGCUACAGUAAAUAUCAAUUUGAGUGUCGAAAGAAAUCCGGAUUUGCUUUGGUUUCGCUGUGCUGCAAGUAUUAACUGGUCCAGGCUUGCGCCAUUGUUUCAAACAAUCAGAUGCAAAACUAAAACCAAUCGCGACUUGGUCGCCCGCGUUUUCCCGCGCUUAAGGCAAUUUGGUUGCUGUCACUAUGAGCUCUCAUUGGCUCUUAAAACAAAUUAGAGCUCCUUUUUCCUUUGUUAUGAUUGGCUCUUGUGAUUGCCUUGGUUUUGAUUUUAUGGCACUUCGAUUAAUACGGAGGAAUGCAACCUUCGAUCCAAAUGAUGACGGUCUUCAGCACAACCGUGAAAUUGUCAAUACAAAUGUGACAGCGAACGUCUUAAAGCAUUGUUGUAGGUAGCUUUUAUACAACUCUUUCGAAAUAAUCUUACAUUGAGCCAGCGACAAAAUUUUCCAGGGGUAUCGUUGCAGCUAAAAUGAGCGUUUGUAUUCCAAUUCCCGACAAUUUGCAAAGGAACUGAUUUCUGAUCACAACCCUUAAA